UCUUAAGUUUAAAUUUUAGUAUACACUUUUGGAGUUAUUUCUUAAAAAUUCACAGUAUAUUGGAGAAAGUUAUAUUGGAAAGCAAUCAUUAUGAGUGUGGAUAUGAUUACUGAAGAUCCGCCAUCAAAAUCAAAAGUUUCUUUAUUUUUACCACCACUUGGAGGCAGAGAGCCAGGAGAACUUUAUCAACACAUACACUGUAAGCAUCAAGCGAUGUUUAGGCAAGAUGUUAUUUUAACCUACAAAACCUUACUCCAUCAAAUGUAUAUGCCUUCGGACUUAAUUAAGUCCAUUCGUAUCGAAUACAUUCACAGAGAUGAACAUUUAAAAGUAUUUGCUAACUUAGUGGUUGAUAAACAUCUAUGCUGCUCCUAUCGUUUACAAGUCCUGCAUUUUCAACGCCGAUUUAAUAUGUAUAUAAACGAUGCCUUUGUUAAACGGACUGAAGACUUUCAAAAAGAAGCUGAACUACCAACACAAACAGUCAACGUUUAUUUUCUCCUGGCAAUUCCAGCAAUAGUUGCAUUGCUGAUUUGGUUUGGACCGUAACGUAAUAUAGAGAUAUCCUGCUUCAUCCAUUGAUCAGAAAGACCAUCGAAAGCAAUAUAUAUUCUAUACUAUUCUUAUAUACGUAGCUAUAUACAUGCAUGUAUAUAGAAUGUAUAGAAUAUAUUUUGAACUUCCUAUGUCAAUUUGGACUACGAUUUAUUCACUGCGGAAUUGUUUUUAAAAAAAUAAAGUUUUAGGC